AUGUCACAUUUGAUCGGCUACGUUAGCGAUCCACCGACUGGGGACACAGCGCGAAUUCGAGGCUUCAAAUUGCUUUCGGUAACGAUGCUCAUUUAUGUUGGAUCAGCUCUGUUUAAUGGACGUCGAGAGGCAGCCAAGAGACGGGCGAUGAUUGCGGUCAAGGGCUCGCUGAUCGGGAUUCUUCACGAGAAGACCUUGCAAUGCAAUGACGAUGGCCAUUCUGCUCUUGGGCUAAUGACCAAUGAUGUGGAAGAACUUCAAAUGGCCUUCGGCUGGGCUCAUGUUAUAUGGUCGUCUUUCAUUUCAUUGUCCCUUGGCCUAUAUUUGCUCGCAUCUAGACUGGGUUGGGCCAGCAUAAUCCCCUUAAUGUUGGUGUUGUUAACCUCCCAAUGUGGAAGAUAUGCCACCAAACAUUUCGUUAAGAAACGUAGGGCAUGGAAUGAUGCAACACGGUUCCGAGUCGGUCUCACGAAAGCACUACUAGAGAAUCUAAAACCGAUUAAGAUGAUGGGUUAUUCGCACGUAAUGGAGUCAAAGGUCCGAGCUGCACGGGAUAAUGAGCUGAGAGCGGGUCUAGUCACGUCUCAGCUCGAUGUCAUAAUGGCAGCCAGUGGAAGCUUUUCAAACGUUGUUAGUCCCGCUAUCACGCUCGCGCUCUACAUCGUUUUCGCCAGAACGUCUGGGAAUGUUGCUCUUGAUGCAGAUCUACUUUUCACAUCCUUUGCUCUGAUCCAAAUGGUCACCCUACCAGCAACUUCAAUUAUGUUCCUUCUUCCGGAGCUUGUCGAAGCUAUGGCAGGAUUCGACAGGCUACAAAAGUUCCUCCUUCAACCCGACCACCAAGACAAUUGCAAACUUCUCGAAGGGCAGGUUAAACACUUCCUCGCCUAUAUAUGGGGUGACCAGUUCCGCCACGACGAUGAUUACGCCAUACUCAUGAAGUUUGCGACAGUCAGAUAUGAGACAUCUGAUCUGCCCGUGCUGAACAACAUCAAUCUGGAAAUACGACCCGGUUGGCUUGUGCUUGUUGUCGGCGCGACCGGAUCGGGAAAGACAACUCUUGCUAAAACAAUCUUGGGAGACGUGAGGCUUCAGAGCGGAUCUGUAUCAACGUCCCCUAACAACAUCGCUUUCUGUGCUCAAUCCCCAUGGUUGAGAGAUGGUACGAUCAGAGAUAUAAUAGCAGGACCGCCAGGAUGCAGAGUGACUGAUGAAAAGUGGUACCAGAGGGUCCUUCAUGCCUGUGACUUAGAGGUUGAUCUUUUUGGCCUCCCAAAUGGGGAUAAUACCGUGGUAUCGGGCGGGGGUAUGUCGCUUUCUGCGGGACAGAAGGAACGAUUGGCGCUGGCGCGAGCAGUAUAUUCGGGGCUAGAUAUUAUCAUUCUGGACGAUGCAUUAAGUUCCGUUGAUGAGGAGACUGCAUCUCGUGUGAUGCAACGACUGUUGGGUCCGACUGGCCUACUCCGUGAACUUAAUAAGACUGUUGUUAUGAUCACUGAUUCAAAGGAUCUUCUCGGAAAUUCCGAUUUGAUAGUCAUUCUCAACCCUGAUGGGACUAUUUGUGAGCAAGGGGUUUGGGAUGACCCCAAAGUUCAGUCAUGUUACAACGAAUUGGAUCCUCAACCAGACAUCGAGUUACCUCAGGAUAAGCCCAAGAAAGAAAUUCAACAGAUGAAUGUCCCCCGCCCGGAUUACUCAAUGCCCGAAGAGUCAAUGGACGUAUUACUGAGACCCGUAAACAGCACCAUUUACAAACAAUAUGUCGCUACAAUUGGGGUCUACCGAUUCUUGGUAGCUAUAUUCAUCUUCCUCUCCUCCGCAGCUUUCGUCGUGUUUAUUCAGACCUGGUUCCGAAUGUGGACAGAGGAUGAGGCAGGCGGCAAGCGGAUAACUUUCUACAUUGGUGUUUACUUCGCACUGACGAUUGGGCACUGGGUGUCACUGACGGGAAUUGGCACUAUUAAAUUUCUUGUUGUGCCCACAUUUGGUCGCGCUCUCCACGAUCAACUGCUUACAACAGUCAUAAAGGCCCCCUUGUCAUUCAUCACAUCUACCGAUAUCGAGACCACACUGUCGAGAUUCAGUGAGGAUAUGAUGCAAAUCGAUCGAAAAAUCCCCCGUGAAAUUGUCGCACUGGGUAGUCAAACGUUCAAACUCCUGGCCCAGAUCACUUUGCUCUCCGCUUCGCAGAAAUAUAAUCUCAUCGUGCUCCCCGUGUUUGCGAUAAUUGUCUACGUCAUACAAGGCAUGUACCUUGUCACCAGUCGCCAGAUUAAGAAGCUUUGUAUGGAAACAAGGUCCCUCCCUAACGACAGCUUUGUUGAAACUGCUCAGGGAAUGGUUACAAUCAGGGCUUUCGGCUGGGAAAAGGCCUACUCACUCGAAAAUAGUAGGGCGUUGGAUGCUUCCCAGUCAUCGUCAUAUACACUGCAUGUACUUGAGCAAUCGUUCGGACUAGUGUUGGAUUUGAUCGUCGCCGGCGUGGUGCUAGUUCAUGUUGCCUUCAUAGUCACAUUUACGGGUACUACCAUGACAGCCGGUGAUGUUGGCAUCAGUAUGAACGUGAUACUCAUGCUCAAUAUGACAUUGAUGACUACAGUCCAGUCAUGGGCAAAUUUUGAUACAUCGUUGAACAUGGUUUCCCGCAUCAGAAGCUUUGCAACGACGGUAGCUCCCGAAACCCAACCCAGCCAACAAUAUCCCAUACCUAAAUUGUGGCCAUCUAGCGGUGAAAUGGACCUGGUCAAUGUUGUUGUCAGCCAGGGGAAGCAACCAGCUGCAUCGGUUAACACUACAGUUGACGUCUCUUUCAAGAUGGCACCUGUCCACAAAAUUGCCGUCUGUGGACCAACUGGCAGUGGCAAAUCAUCCUUGCUCCUCAGCUUCUUGCGGAUGAUCGACCUGUCCGAGGGAACAAUUAUAAUUGACGGGUUGGAUUUGAGUUCGAUAUCACGAGAUUUGAUAAGAUCUCGAAUAAUCACAAUCCCGCAGGAUUCAUUCAUUAUUCUAAACGAUACUGUUCGCGAAAACCUGGAUGUUCUAGGAAUUACUACGGACAAGAAGAUCGUUGAAACUCUGAAAAAAGUCCAUUUGUGGUCGAGCUUGGAGUCGAGAGCUAUAGACUUUGGACUAUCGCGAACCUUUUACCUUGACAUGCCGAUGAAGGCCUGGCCAUUGUCAGAAAGUCAGAUGCAGCUCAUUUCUCUCGCCCGCGCUCUUUUGCUGCGCUCUCCUCGUGGGAAAAUUCUUCUCUUCGAGGAAUCCACUAGCAAGGUUGACACAGAGACUAGCAAAUUUGUUCAGGAAGUGAUUGAUGAGGAAUUUCGGGACUCUACGAUCAUCGUAGUCGGCCACCGGCUGGAAACUAUCUCCAAUAGUGACUCAAUCAUUGUGAUGGACAAAGGGGGAAUUGUCGAAGCUGGGUCAUUCAAUGAUUUGAGGCAGAAGCAGGGAGCUUUUAGAUCCCUCUUGGAUUCCAGUGCGCUGUAG